AUCCUCUCCCUCUGUUCUGCCCUGGUGAGGAUACACACUGUAUUGUGUUCAGUUCUGGGCUUUUCAGUUCGAGAAGGAGGGGGAACUUCCAGAUAGAAUCCAAUGGAGGGCCACCAGGACGAUGAGGGGGCAGAACAUAUCCGUUAUGAGGAAAGGCUCAGAGACCUGGAACCGGUCAGCCUGGACGAGAGAAGGCUGGGAUUUUAUCACUGUUUAUAAACAUCAAAAGUGUGGGAAUCAAAUGGAUGGGAACAGGCAGGACAAAAACUGCAACACAAGAAGUUCCAUACAAAUAAUGUACACAGAAACACAUAAGCGUUUCUUGAGUAAUGAAUAGUGUUCAUAUAGCAAUUACUGAUUUUUCAUUUUGUUGCUCAGUGAUGACUCUGAAAGCAGUCUUAAGUAACUGAGUGCAUUAAUUAACACACUUGUCCUCCAGCCAGAAGUCAGUGUUGGAGGCCUGUGCUGCAUCUUACUGGCUUCCUUUCUGUACUGCAGAAACUGGACCCUCAGGUGAGGUGCCUCCAGUGUCCUACUGGCACUGGUGUGCCUCCAAGAUCCUACCAGUUCCUUCUUUGGCACUUCUGCAGCAAUGGUUUUAUUUUGCGCUUUAUUUCUGGGAUAACUUCCAUUGGAGUGAGAGAGCUUUCUGCUUAGCUCUGCAUUUUGUUUGUCUGCAGAAGUGUGCUGUGCAGGGCUAAGCCCACAGCUGUAAUCUGUAUGCGUUGGUCUAGCUUUCAGCCAGGACUGACCUUAAGGUGACUUGUCAAACUCAUUCCUCUGUUGGUGGGAGUUGGCUUUUCUUGUGAUCCUUUCACUCCUUUGCUUUGGAAAACAAAACACCAGGGGAAAAAAAAAAUACAAAGGUGUCUCACAGGGUCUAGGCAGAAAACCCUGAAAGUCAGUGCUCGAGGCUGUCCCAGCUUGCUGCUGUACCUCACAUGUCAGGUCUAAAACUUUAGUUUGAAAACUGAGCAUCUGUAUUGCAGUUUUUUCAUACUUUUAAUGCAUUAUGUUACAGUCAGUUAAAAUACCAUUGUCAGGCAUGAGUCUUUUGUCAGUUUUGUUUUGAGCUGGCAAACCUGUGUAAUAAUUCUAGUAAGAUUAUUAACCAAUGCAGUGAAGGUCGGCUGUUAUCUUGGGGAGGGGAGUCUUUCAAACACUUUUGAAGUCUGUGUGAAUGUGUAUCCUUGCAUGCAUGGUGAAUGUGUAGGGAAAAGAUGUGGGUUUGCUGGUAGGUAGACAUCUGUCAGAACUUAGGCCAGCAGAUUGUAAGGGUAAUCACUGCUUCUGGAAAUGAAAUGCUUCUCUCCCUAAAGUGUCUGCUGUCAGGAGCUUUAGCUAUAGCUGUGGUUAAAACACAUAAUUGCAGUGUGGUGGGUGAGUUUUGCAAGCUAGUUUUGUUAUUUUUUUCCUCACCAAAGCAAUUGAGAUACACAGGCACUCCUUUAAUCUUGAUUUUUCUAUCCUGUGUGAUAUGCUGUAAAGUUGGUAGGCUGUAACAUUAACCCAUGUGACUUCUUAUCAGAUUCCUAAAACAUCCCAAGCUGUUUCACUUGGUAGCGUACUGUGUGUUAAUGGCAGAAAUAGAAGAACAUACCUAAUUAAUCACCCUGUUCAUUAACAGCCUUACCCUUAGGCCAUGAGAAACUCGAUGUCCUUCUGUGAAUUUGGCUCUCCUGAAAUAACAGCAGAAAGCAAGUUGUCAUCCUCCUUACUGUCUGGGUAGGGCAACAGCAUGGCUGUGGAGCUUGGUGCUUCUGAAAUAAAGCUGUUCCUUCUCCUGGACAGAACUGAGUAAAUGCUUGGAGAGAAGCUUGAGGUUCUGGAUGCUUUUAUGAUCUCACUGGGUUUCCUAUAAAAUUCAUCCAUUUUGUCUAAUCAAUAGUAUGUUUUAGGGUUGUUGUUUUGUUUUGUUUUUUUAACAGUUGAAUGCAAAAACAGCUUCAGUGUGACCUUUUUGGCAGAAAAUGUAACUAGCGGUGAGCAUCACCUUCCUCUCUCUGAAUUGAGAUGGCAACGAGCACUGUUUUGGAAAGAGAUGAAACCAAUCCUUAUGCAUUCAGGGGGCAGGCAGCUGAGCCUUCUGUGGAUGCAAGUAUGGACAUAAUAGCCUAUGAUGAUUUCUUCAGUCCACCGCUUCAGAGAUAUUGAAAGGACACCCGAAUACCUCCAGCCGGAGAAGUGUGUUCCACCUCCUAGCCGCGCUUCCUUGGGAACAAUGUGGUUUAUUCGAGAUGGCUGUGGUAUCGCGUGUGCCGUUGUCACCUGGAUGCUGGUGUUCUAUGCUGAUUUUGUAGUCCUUCUUGUCAUGCUGGUUCCCUCAAGAGAUUACGUUUAUAGUGUCAUCAAUGGCACGCUGUUCAACACCUUGGCGUUCCUCGCUUUGGCUUCACAUUUUCGUGCUAUGCUGACAGAUCCAGGUGCUGUGCCUAAAGGUAACGCAACAAAAGAGUUCAUUGAGAGUUUACAGCUAAAGCCAGGACAGGUGGUUUACAAGUGCCCAAAAUGUUGUAGCAUCAAACCUGACAGAGCACAUCACUGCAGCGUUUGCAAGAGGUGUAUUCGGAAAAUGGACCAUCACUGCCCAUGGGUCAAUAACUGCGUAGGAGAGAAUAACCAGAAGUACUUUGUACUGUUUACAAUGUAUAUAGCACUGAUUUCUCUGCAUGCUCUAAUUAUGGUGGGAUUUCACUUCUUGUAUUGCUUUGAAGAGGACUGGACAAAAUGCAGCUCCUUCUCUCCACCAACCACAGUGAUCCUUCUCAUCCUCUUGUGUUUUGAGGCGCUCCUUUUUCUCAUCUUCACCUCGGUUAUGUUUGGGACCCAAGUACACUCCAUCUGCACUGACGAAACGGGCAUCGAGCGCCUUAAGAAGCAGAAGCCGACCUGGGAGCGGACCAGAGGCUGGGAGGGGAUGAAGGCAGCCUUCGGCGGUACCCCGUCCCUGUCCUGGCUCAACCCCUUCUCCAACAUGGACUGCAGGAGCCCACCGCCAGCCCCCGCCGCGCCCGCGGCCGCCACCAUGACGCAGGAGGAGAUCGAGCAGUUCCUGGCUCGGGAGGUGAACAUCCAAGUGCCCCAUGAGUAGCAGAGCAUCAGCCCAGGGGCCAAGGGACGCGUCCAGGCGGUGUGUUAUUUUAUUAACUGCUUGUGGUGGAGAAGCAGGGUGGGUUUUCUUGUCUUUUUUUUUUUUUUUUUUAAUUGUACUUCGGGUGCUUCUGGUGCAGAAUAUAAUUCAGGACUAUUCAUGGGGAAGUCGGGUCCGGCACCAGCAGAAGCAAUGCAAAUCUCCAGAGCAAGUUUAACCCAAAGUGAGAGCCACACGGCCUUUGCAGCUGUGUCCUGCCUUACCCAGCUGCUUUUGUGUGGCCUUCGGGGAGAGACCCAGGUGUGAGGCCGGAGCUGUGGGGCCUCGUGUCCUCAUGGCACUGGCUGGAUGAGCGUUGCCUCUCGUCCUGCCAGUGCCUGCAUUCAGAGGUGAUGCUCCAGGCAUCACCACUCUGACAACCAAGAUCUAGACUGGUUUUGGGCUGGUUUUGCCUUGUUGUCAUCUCCCCCACCUUACUGACCAGUGACACCUCACCUGGGCAACGUGCUCCUGGAUUCCCACCCCCAAUUGUGCAGCUUUGAGGUCCUGUAACAUGCAGCAAAGAUAAUUAUUGCCUUGGGAGAGAGAGAUGAAGGAGUUGGGGGGUAAACCGAGGUAUUGUGGAAGACCUGGAUUAACUUUCAGUUAUUUAUGAAAGCCCAAAUUCCACUGGAUAUUGCAAGGGGUUUUUUUCCUCAUGGCAGUGAUAAAGGAGUUUAAACAUGAAGUAACAGUCUGGUGGGUGGGGUGGAAGCUAGGAGUACAGUGGGGCCAGAAUCCAGGAAAACAAGGGGAGAUGUUUUUGAACCAUAGUGACCCCUUUGUUUCUCCUUUUUUUCUAUGAAAAAAUAGAUUUGGGGGGAAAAAAAAUGCAUAAGGAACUGUGUGUUUAUCUAAAUGUCUUGGUAAAGGGAAACGUGCUGUACCUUGGGGAAACUGAGGUAUCGUCUUGCUGUAGUGCACGAAGCAGUGCGGUGUGGGAAUUUGAGACUGUCUCACUUCUGCACCAGCCUUCAUGUCUGCACGGCAGGGUCUGCAUCACAGGGACAUUGGGGACAUAUGUGAAUCUGUACAGGGAGAAGUGGGGAUGCAUAAGGUGGAAGCUGGGAGCUGCUGAUUUCAGUUAACUCUCCCACCUGUGGGUGGAGGUGGGGUUGCAGGGCCCCACAGGAAGACCAGCCGUGGAAGAGCAGCAUUUGGUGUGACAGCUGUAUCCACAGUGCUGAUUGCUGGGCUGAUCUCCUUCCACUUCCUGCAUUGCUCCUCAGCAAUGUGGGUUUGUGUGCUGUUUCAGUAGCUGGAACUAGAAAGCUCUAUGAAAGGAGGACUCCUCUCUGCCUGCUCCAUGCUGCCACAUUUUUGCCCAUCAAAGGUGCAGGAGCUGGAAGAAUGUUGGCAUCAGGAAAUCAGAGCGUUCCCUCACUCCUUUGUACCCUCCUGCUCUGCCUUGGUACAGCAUGGCAAAAGUCUGAAGCAGCAGAAGUCCUCAUGAGUUGGAGUGAUCUGCUUCAUUCCAAGCCUUGGCAUCCACCUCGUAGUGUAACUCCCACCAGGUAGCUUGAGACCAAAGUUAUUUCCAUGGAAUUGAAACCAGCCCCCUUCCCCUCCCUGUGGCAUCGUGCCUUCACCUCCAGCCCAGGCUGGGCUCCAUCAGCACUGCAGCAUGGGGCUUCAAUCCAUGAUGGACGGGAUCACAGUGGCCAUGUGCAGCAUUCAUGGUCUUUUAAAGCAGGCUUUCUAUGCAAGUAAAGAACCUGUAUCUCUUGGAAAUAUAUAUAUUUUGGUAAUCAUAACUCUGGUUUAUGCCUCCGGAUGCUAAUUAUACUUAUUAAAGAAUUAAU